AUGAUUGGAGACCUGCUCGGUGAUUGUAAAUAUCCUUAUACUAAAAAAAUUUCACCCGAUCAUUUGAUAAUACUGGUUAACAACAUAACACAAUCUUUUUCUCAGAUCAGUUCGUUGUCAAACAGUCAAUUCAUUUUUCCGUCUCUUCAUGGAACUCUGAGCUUGCCAAAGAUUGCCUCCGCAACUACCAAUACGAUCGACCGUCAUCAGGCAAGGAUCGUUGCGGGCAAUGCAGAAAAUUUACGUACACAUCUUGACUCGAUGUACAAACUGCUGCGACCCGACGAUCGCCUCACCCUGAUGGUACAGUUGGAAAGUGGUUUUCCAAACCGUUUUCGCUACCUAGUCAUUGUAACAUGCGUGGGAAGACAAGAAACAGAAGAAUCGGCUAUUCUUGGUUUCGAUGUCGAUACAAACGAUAUUACAAUCGGCAUGUCAUUGCCAAUAUGGGCCGAUUUAGAUAUAUCACUCGACGGUGAUGGUGGUUUCAAAGUAACUUCUUACGAACGAUGUCAUAUUUUCAAGCCGGUGAGCGUACAAGCACUAUGGACUGCAUAUCAGAGUUUACACAAAGCAUCCAAUCAAGCACGUCUUUAUAAUUAUAUUGUUAACAAUGAUUUAACACAUACAUGGAUUGAAUAUUAUCGUAAUCCAGAUAUUCGUUCAAAUCAAACCUAUGUUAAUGAAUGGAAUCAAAUGGAUGAUAUUCUAUCACAUCGUAGUGAUUCACCUCAUUUAUAUCAACCGCUAUCGUCAGAUGAAGAAACGUUACGUUCAAGAAUACAUGUGAAAUUAAAAGAAAUCAUGCUACAAGUUGAUCUUGAUGAAGUGACAUCGAAAUUUUUACGUGAGCAAUUAGAAAAUACUUUUCAAAUGUCCUUGUCUCCUUAUAAACAGUAUAUCGAUGACGUUAUGUUACAAAUUCUUGCUCAAAUGGAUAAACCAACAAUGAUACUCCCGCAUUUAUAUCUCGGCUCCGAAUGGAACGCAUCCAAUUUUGAAGAAUUGAAAGCAAAUAACAUUGGCUAUGUGCUGAAUGUAUCUCGAGAAAUCGACAAUUUCUUUCCUGGUCAUUUUAAAUAUUUAAAUGUUCGUGUGCAUGAUCAUGAUGAUGCGGAUUUAUUAAAAGAAUGGGAGAAAACAUUCCGAUUCAUCAAUGAAGCAAAAGCUAAUAAUCAAUGUUGUUUAGUACACUGUAAGAUGGGUAUUAGUCGAUCUGCAUCGACGGUAUUAGCAUAUCUUAUGAAAGAAAGCAAUCAUUCAUUUGCUGAUGCUUUGGAGCAUGUGAAGAAACGACGAUCAUGUAUUAACCCAAAUGGUGGAUUUAGAAAUCAGUUAUUGAUAUAUGAAGGAAUUCUAGCGGCAAAUAAAACAUUCCGAAGUAAAAUAAAUGACAGUCAGACAACUACAACAACUAUUGGCAAAAAAACAGUAACUAUUCCAGCGAUAUCUUCGUCAUCAUCGUCAUCGACGUCCAAGAGUACUCCGUCUACUCCUACUGAGCACUCGCCACCAUCGAAUCCUUCCAUAGUUGUCAUGCGAACACGAUCCCCGAAUAGAUCCAGUGCUGUUGUCGUUGUUCCACGACAAGCAACUGAACAUUGUAAACAAACAUCACAGGUAGCUGCGCGGCCGAAUUCGAUGAUUUAA